AUGGCUGUACCCCGCCUGCUCCUGCUUAUGCUGGUGGUCUUCCUGUAUGGUCUUGCUGUCUACAGCCAUCUGGCACCUGAAGAGAAAACUAGGGAUGACAAAAGCCUGGAAAGCAAUUCCUCUCUAAACCAGUUGGAUUUCCCAGCUGUCUCCAUUAUGGCACUCAACAAGAAUUCCAAAAAGGUCAGCAGAAAAGAAGCAGAGGAGAAAUCUCCCAAAAAAAAGACUUCAGUGAAGAAAGUGGCAAGACCUCGGCUGCCCAUGCCCUGCGUGGCCACUCGAAGCAGCUGCAGGCCGCCUGCCCCUGCCUGCUGUGACCCCUGCGCCUCCUGCCAGUGCCGCUUCUUCCGGAGUGUCUGCUCCUGCCGAGUGCUCAAGCCUAACUGCUGA